AUGAGGGCGAUUCCUCCAAGAUGCAUAUUUUGCUUCAAGCUUCGGUUCGCAUUCUUGUUGGCUGUGUCUUCCAUUUUCUUUCACGCGUCCAUUGGAGCGUACGAACUUGAAACCCCCUACAGCAUAACAUUGGACGGGCCGGAUGCACUAGCGGAAGGCCAAAGAUUGUUCGCUGAAGGCAAUUUCGACCGAGCUGCUAUCUACUUUUGGAGGGCGGUACUUCUACAAGAACAGAACACAGAUGCUUAUUCUGUUGAGGACGCAUUUUCUGGUUUCAUACAAUCAUAUUCUGUCCAAGAUCGAACAGCUGACGGCUUUGUCUACAUUGCGAAAGAGUCAUUACAUCGCGGUCAGAAGGAAAUGGCCGAAACAUACCUCCAACAGGCCCUUGCAAUCGACUCGAACAAUGAGGGGGCACUGGAAUUCCAAAGAAAGCUGAAAGGGGGUGGGCGAGAGAAAGUUGACAACAGCAGACGGAAGACACGAGAGAACAAAUUCCAACCGAAUUAUGGAACACCAGAAGCUGAUCGUCCGCUUGAUGGCAAAACACCUGAAGAACUCUACGAAUACGGAGCAACUCUUUUCAGUAGACGGAACUAUGAACAUUGUGCCGAUGUUUUUGAAUUGAGCUGCAAGCGUUCAAACUAUGAGCUCGGAGCUUCUUGCUCAAAUGCAGUCUACUGUAGACACAUGAUAAUGGAUUGGGGGUUCAAUGGUACUGAUUUUGAUGGCGACCUAUCACGACUCGAAACGAUAACAAAAAUGGAAAAAGACUCUUAUCGACAGGGCGAUUUGGACUCCUUUUCUUGGCAGCGAGCUGCGUCCGUUCAUCCUCAUAUGAUGUUGGGAUACCCUCUGGAUCCUAUGCUGAAACGGUACACAGCAGAGUCCGUUGCAUUUUUAGAUGAGACUAUGGCAAGGGUUUCGGAUGAUGGAUCUAUUAAGGCACUUCCGGAAGAUUUGCCUUUUGACCAUACCAAAUCGUUAGCAGAAUAUGUGACCGAAGCAAGCAAGCCAGGGUUUAGGUUGAAGGUUGGAUUUGUCGGCAGUGGUUUCAACUCAAAAGCUGUACUCUAUCUCUCCCAAGAUAUCUUUCGUUUUUAUGAUCGCUCAAAAAUUGAAAUGCACAUCUUCUCUGUUGGUCCGGCCGACAGUGCACAGUUCAUCAAGGUUGGUAUGAGAGGGGUUGAUUGGAGGGAAAGGGUGAAAGCCUAUGUGGACCAUUUCCAUGAUGUCCAAGACAUAAAGAUGGAUCAUAUUGCGCUAGCUCGCUACGUAAAUCAGCUGGGGAUACAUAUUCUGGUGGAAUGGGAUGGAUACGCUCGUCAGGGAGAGCGUGCACAGGGGCUUAUGGCUUUGCGUCCUUCUCCUAUUCAAGUGCUUCAUCAGGAAUUCAUUGGGACGUCGGGUGCAAAAUAUGUCGACUACCUUUUCUCUGACGAAAUAGCCUCCCCGCCGCAUCUCUCCCAUCUAUACACUGAGAAGAUAAUCUAUUUGCCGAAUCACUUUUUUUCGAAAGGACAUGCUGUGCAGCAGGAAGUAAAGGAUCCAACCUACGAGUAUGUCCCAGCAGAGUUCCCAUAUAAGAUUGGCACUGGAUCGCCUGAGGAAAACCGCUGCAUGGGCAGUGGUGUCAAAAAGCCAACUUUUGUUUUCUGCAACUUCAAUAAAUUCCUGAAGAACAAUCCCGAAACUGUCAGGUCAUGGAUUCGAAUUCUCCGUGAAGUCCCUGGAUCAAUCUUAUGUCUUUUGGAAAAUCCUACCAGUGGCGUAAACUACCUCCGUCGAUUCGUCCACGAAGCGUCUGGAGAACCAACAACGUUUGUAGAUCCAACCACCAAAGCCAAAGUUCCAACUUUUGUACCAAAGGAUGGAGAUUCUCUGAACGAACGGAUCCACUUCUUGAAAUGGGAAAGGAAUCCUUUCGACCACCAACAGCGCAAUCAAGAUUUCUGCCACGUAAUGCUGGAUUCCUUUCCAUACAAUGGGCAUACUGUCGCCCAGGAUGCCCUUUAUGGCGGGGUUCCGAUAGUGACAAGAAGCGACGGUGAUGACAUGAGCUCAAGAGUUACAACAUCGGCCAACGUAAUUCUAGGUUUGGAGGAAUUGAAUGCUUAUGGUGGAACAACAGACUACGAAAACAUCGCAAUAUCAUUGGGGGCAAACCAAACAAAAUACAAGGAGCUACGUAAAAGACUAAUCGAUACAGCGCUGCAACGUAACCCAAUGCACCCUUAUUGGGAUGCUCCUAGAUAUGCAAAGAAUCUGCAACAGGGACUCCUAUUGGCUUAUGAUAAGUUCUUGUCUGGUCAGCCUCCUGACCACAUUACUGUAUUGGAAUCAAAUGAGGCUGCCCGAGGAACAUACGACGGCAGCCUUGAUACCAACAGUCCUGACAAUGACAUCGGAGGUGAAUUGUAA